ACAGGGCUGGUGUGCAGAUGAGGAUUACGAAGUCGUGCUGGCCAGACGCGGCACUGUUCACCUGGAAUACCUGAAGCUGUCCGAUGCAACACAGCUGCAUCAACUUAUCGACACUGUUGCAUGUAUGCACGGCUCAUAUGUCGGCCCCUGUGGCCUGUAGCCCAUAGAUGUGUGUUUCACAUGAGAUCUGAGGCUGGUGAUUUGAAGCCCUGAGUGCCACAGUAAAAAAAAAAAAAAAAACUCACAGCAGCUGAAUUUCACGCUUCUGUCCCUGCAAGAGGAUGCAGCCUGAAGCGUAAUGAAGUCCGGAACUCGGUGGAUUUUCUGAUCAGGAUGACAUUUGGUUAAAAAGAAGAAAAAAAAACUCGUGGACCGACACACAAAAUCAACUCUCUCGUCUUUUUUUUUAUUUUUGCGCCAAGAAAGCUGCACCAACAUCCCGCCUCUGCCGAACCAACCUCUCGGUUUUUUUAGACUCGGUUCGGGGAGACAUGGCCGCGAUCGCCAGCUCCCUGAUCCGGCAGAAACGCCAGGCGAGGGAGUCGAACAGCGACCGGGUCUCGACUUCGAAACGUCGCCCCAGCCCCAGCAAAGACCCCCGCUCUCUGUGCGAGAGGCAUUUCCUGGGGGUCUUCAGCAAAGUCCGUUUCUGCAGCGGCAAGAAAAGACCGGUUCGGCGGCGACCAGAUGCACCCUCGAAACCUCCACAGGUGUCCCAUAAGGGCUGCAGGCUAGAGCCGCAGCUGAAAGGCAUCGUGACACGACUGUUCAGCCAGCAGGGCUUCUACCUGCAGAUGCAGCCGGAUGGAACCAUCGACGGCAGCAAGGACGAGAACAGCGACAACACCCUGUUUAAUCUUAUUCCUGUGGGUCUGAGAGUGGUGGCCAUCCAGGGAGUGAAGAGUGGCUUCUACAUUGCCAUGAAUGGCGAGGGCAUGCUUUACAGCUCGGAGAUGUUCACGCCAGAGUGCAAGUUCAAGGAGUCAGUUUUUGAAAACUACUACGUGAUCUACUCGUCCACUGUGUACCGACAGCAGGAGUCGGGCAGAGCCUGGUUUUUGGGCCUAACCAAGGAGGGUCAAGUCAUGAAGGGCAACCGGGUCAAAAAGACCAAGCCCUCAUCACACUUUGUUCCCAGGCCCAUAGAAGUUUGUAUGUACAGGGAGCCGUCACUGCAUGAGAUAGAGGAGAAGCACCGCUCCAGAAAGAGCUCAGGGACUCCCACCAUGAACGGAGGGAAAGCUGUCAAUCAGGACUCCACAUAGCAGAAGGGGGAGGGGCUUCCUGCUGGGGGGAGUGGUCUCAACCUGACUCAGGGGGAGGGGCCAGAGGAAAAUACGCCCCUGAAAAUACUCGCCAGAAUCCCCUCUGAAAAAGGAAGAGGGCGUUGCGAUGAAGAGGAGCUAUAACUGUACAACUAAGACAACAAAAGAAAAACUGAACUCUUGCCUGUGAAAACCUUUUAGAUGAGUUAAUAUGAAACCAGAGGAUAUAUAUAUAUAGAUAUAUAUCUAUAUAUAUAUAUAUGAAAGAAAAAAACAUUUUCAAUCAGGACUUGACCAACAUUUUAUGCAAAAAAAAGAGAAAAAGCUGUGAUAAACAAACAAAGGAAUGGUGGUCUCUCUUCACACAAAUACAAAUAUCUAUCAUUUCCAAGUUAUGCUGUGAAAAACAAGCUUUAAUACAUGUUCAAGUUUCAUAGAUUGGUUUCUUUUCCAAAUGCUAUCACAUUCUCAUAUGCUUUAUUGUGUUAUUGUUGUCAGUAAUAACUAUAACAUCACCAUCAUUACUAUUUUUGAUCUAA